CCGCAGUGGUCUCUCUCACACAUUCUUAAUACUUUCAGUCUCUGUCUGUACUUUGUGGGUAGUAAGAAUGGCCAAGCAAAUCAAGACCAAGCAGCAGAAGGCCGCUGCCGCCGCCUCUCAGUCCCGCUCCAAGAAGAAGAAGUGGUCCAAGGGUAAGGUCAAGGACAAGGCUGACAACGUUGUCAUCCUCUCCCCCGAGACCAUCGACCGCAUCAACAAGGAGAUGACCACCGCCAAGGUUAUCACCCCCUCCAUCCUUGUUGAGCGCUACAAGAUCAACUGCUCCGUUGCUCGCAGCGUCCUCAAGGGCAUGCACACCGAGGGCAAGAUCCGCCUCGUCGUUUCUCACAACGCUCAGACCAUCUACACUCGCGCCAUCGCCACCGCCGACGAUGCUGCCGAUGUUGUUGAGGACACCUCCUCCAAGGGCCGUCGCCGCAAGUAAAUGCGCCGUUGCUGCCUUGUGGUCCCUGCCUCUCUAGGUUGGGAGAUGUGAUUUUGGCGGGCGCCAGGGGUGUGUUCCCCUGGUGUGUGAUGUGCGAGCAAGGGAGAGAGUCCGGCAUUGCGCGCGUGUGCCCGUGCACAACGUGUUCCCCCCCCCCGCGUGCGCGCAAACUCUCGACGGCCUCUCUUUCUUCGUAUUUCUUCCCCUCCAUCUCUCCUUCACUCUCUCUCUCGCUCGUGUGUGCCCGUGUAUGCCUCCCCGUGCAUUCCGCGGUACCCCGGGGCCUGGUUCGGCGCUCAAAGUGAUACACAUUGCCUCUCCAGUGUUUAGUUGCCCCUCGUUCCAUCGCUGCUUUUGUGAAUGUAGAAGUUCUUCCACA